AUGGCUCCAGCCAACUUUCCUGGGGAGAACAGCGAUGUCCCCGAGGAGAUCCGGGAGACUCCUAGCGACAUCUCACAACCCACCAAGCGUCAGCGAUGGGCAACCACCCGCGUUGGCGGCACCGGAGGCACGCGGAAACGUGUCUCCAUCAUGGACCGCUUGCACAAGCGCUCGGAGGGGAAAGGGGAGAAGCGGAGGUCUCAACUGCCCACCGCUGAGCACCCUAAUGGUGAAGGCGACUCGGACGCCAACAAUCGACGGGUGUACUUCAACGUCCCCAUCCCCGACACCGAGAGAGACGAGGACGGUCACCCUAGGGCGAAUUAUCCUAGAAACAAGAUUCGGACCGCGAAAUAUACGCCCUUGACGUUCGUCCCCAAGAACUUCUGGUUUCAAUUCCAUAACAUCGCCAACAUCUAUUUCCUUUUCAUCAUUAUCCUUGGCUUCUUCCCAAUUUUCGGUGUCGAUCAACCCGCACUCAAUACUGUCCCCCUGAUCGUUAUCAUCGUCAUCACCGCCAUCAAAGAUGCCAUUGAGGAUUGGCGCCGUACGGUCCUCGAUAUCGACCUGAACAAUUCCCCCGUAUAUCGUCUUAUCGAAUGGAACAAUGUCAACUCUGUCGAAGACAAUAUCUCUUUGUGGCGCCGUAUCAAGAAAGCGUCUACUCGGGCUACUGUCUGGACGUACCGGACCAUUAGGGACGUGUUUCAGAAAAAGAAAGACGUUCCCGCCACUGAAGAGACCGAUCGGCGUGCGUCUAUCAUGACGACUGUUUCGCCCCGUGCCUCGACCUAUUCCCAUCGCGGUGACCAUGGGGUCGACGAAGACGCCAUCCAAAUGACGCCCGUCCCGUCUCCCUCGCCCGAAGCACGUCCGGAUUGGCCAAUGUCGACGGAACAGUUUCUUCACCCGGAUAAAGCGGUUCGGGACAGUUCGGUGGUCCCGACUACCUCAGCUACGCCCCCCAGGAAAGGCGGCAGCGUGGUGGACACGGCUAAACAGACGCUCGGAAAGGCCCGAUUCAAGCGGGAUUACUGGAAGAACAUCCAGGUUGGGGAUUUUAUUCGGUUGUAUAACGGGGAUCCGAUCCCUGCUGAUAUGGUGGUCCUGUCGACUUCUGACCCUGACGGUGCGUGCUACGUGGAGACCAAGAAUCUGGACGGCGAAACCAAUCUCAAAGUCCGCUCGGCUCUCCAUUGUGGCCGUCAGGUCCGUCAUGCCCGGGAUUGCGAAAAGACCGAAUUCGUCAUUGAUAGCGAGCCCCCACACCCCAAUCUCUACGCCUACAAUGGAGCUCUGCGUUGGGAGCAGCGUGACCCGGAUUUCCCGGAUGCGCCGCGGAAGGAAAUGGUGGAACCGAUCACAAUCACCAAUGUGCUGCUGCGUGGAUGCUCCCUUCGCAACACCGAAUGGGCGCUUGGUGUUGUCAUCUUCACCGGUGAUGAGACCAAGAUCAUGCUGAACUCUGGUGUUACACCCACUAAGCGCGCCCGCCUCGCCAAGGAUCUGAACUGGAACGUCAUCUACAAUUUCAUCAUCCUGUUCUUCAUGUGUCUCAUCUCCGGCAUUAUCAACGGUAUCAGAUGGGGCUCCAACAACAGGUCCCUCAACUACUUCGACUUCGGAGCGUACGGGAGCACCCCGGCUGUUACCGGUAUCAUCACGUUUUGGGUGGCGGUCAUCCUGUUCCAAAAUUUGGUUCCGAUCUCACUUUACAUUUCGCUCGAAAUCGUUCGCACGAUUCAGGCCGUGUUCAUUCACAGCGAUAUCUUCAUGUACUACGACAAACUACAGAUCGCUUGCAUCCCGAAAUCCUGGAAUAUCUCCGAUGACGUCGGGCAGAUCGAGUACAUUUUCUCGGAUAAGACCGGCACAUUGACUCAGAAUGUCAUGGAUUUCAAGAAGUGCACAGUCAACGGUGUUUCGUACGGAGAAGCUUUCACGGAAGCUCAGAUCGGCAUGGUCCGCCGAGAAGGAGGAGACGCCGAUGCGGUUGCUGCUAGAGCACGCGAGCAGAUCGCUCGCGACACGGAUAAAAUGAUCGCGCUGCUGCGCGAUUUGCAUGAUAAUCCUUAUCUGCGCGACGAGAAUUUGACUUUCGUCGCGCCGAGUUAUAUCGCGGAUUUGGAUGGUCAAUCUGGCGAAGCCCAAAGGAAAUCCGCGGAGCACUUUAUGGUCGCUCUUGCGGUAUGCCACACGGUGAUCACGGAACACACGCCCGGCGAUCCUCCACAGGUUGAGUUCAAGGCCCAAUCGCCCGACGAAGCCGCCUUGGUCGGUACCGCUCGUGAUUGUGGUUUCACCCUCGUGGGACGGUCAGGCGACGACCUUGUCCUGAACGUCAUGGGCGAGGAGCGGACAUAUACCGUGCUGAACACUUUGGAAUUCAAUUCUGCCAGAAAGAGGAUGAGUGCUAUUAUCCGCAUGCCCGACGGGAGCAUUCGACUCUUCUGCAAGGGUGCGGAUAGCAUCAUCUAUUCUCGACUGGCCCCCGGCAAGCAGCAGGAACUCCGCAAGAAAACGGCCGAACACCUCGAAGAGUUUGCCCGUGAGGGUCUGCGUACGCUGUGUGUUGCCGAUCGCAAGCUCACCGAAGAGGAGUACCGCGUCUGGAGCAAAGAACAUGACAUUGCCGCAGCUGCCCUGACAGACCGUGAAGAGAAGCUCGAAAAGGUAUCAACUGAGAUGGAGCAGGACCUUAUGCUUAUCGGCGGUACUGCUAUUGAGGAUAGAUUGCAGGAUGGUGUCCCGGAUACCAUCUCUCUCCUCGCCGACGCCGGUAUCAAGCUCUGGGUGUUGACUGGCGACAAGGUCGAGACUGCUAUCAAUAUUGGAUUUUCGUGCAAUCUUCUCAACAACGACAUGGAGCUUCUUGUAUUCAAUGUCCCCGAGGACCAAAUGGAUCGAGCGGAACAGGAACUCGACCGGCAGCUGCAACGGUUUGGCAUCACUGGGUCAGACGAGGAACUCAUCGCCGCCCGCAAAGACCACACGCCUCCGGAACCGACGCACGCCGUGGUCAUCGACGGAGAUACUUUGCGACUGAUGCUGGACGACAAGCUGAAACAGAGAUUCUUGUUGCUGUGCAAACAGUGCAAGUCUGUACUUUGCUGUCGUGUCAGUCCGGCCCAGAAAGCUGCGGUCGUGCGCAUGGUGAAGAACGGUCUCAAUAUUAUGGCUCUUUCAAUUGGCGAUGGUGCAAACGAUGUCGCUAUGAUUCAAGAAGCCGACGUUGGUGUCGGUAUCGUUGGUGAAGAAGGACGACAGGCAGCCAUGUCUUCCGACUAUGCCAUCGGGCAGUUCCGCUUCCUUCAACGGCUUAUCCUCGUCCAUGGCAGGUACUCGUACCGCCGCAUGGGAGAAUGUAUCGCCAACUUCUUCUACAAGAAUCUGGUUUGGACAAUCGCACUGUUCUGGUACUUGAUCUAUAACGAUUUCGACGGUUCCUACCUCUUCGACUAUACUUAUAUCGUCUUGGUGAACGUUGCAUUCACGUCCUUGCCUGUGAUCUUCCUUGGCAUUUUCGAUCAAGAUGUCGAUGAUAAGGUUUCCCUAGCUGUACCUCAACUGUACAUGCGAGGUAUCGAACGAAAGGAGUGGUCGCAGUUGAAGUUUUGGAUGUACAUGCUGGAUGGUUUUUACCAGUCGGUCAUCUGCUUCUUCAUGCCGUACCUUCUAUACAGCCCUUCGACCUUUGUCCGCGAAGACGGGUUGAACAUCAACGACCGAACCCGAAUGGGUAUCCUAGUCGCAUCUAGCGCGGUUAUUGCCAGCAACACAUAUAUCAUGCUGAACAGUUUCCGGUGGGACUGGCUGACGAUGCUGAUCAAUGUCAUCAGCUCGCUUCUGAUUUUCUUGUGGACCGGGAUUUACUCCUCGGUCCCGGCCUCAGCCCAGUUCUACAAAGCCGGUUCAGAAGUCUACGGGGCCCUGUCUUUCUGGGUUGUCCUGCUUCUGACUGUCACGAUAUGUUUGCUCCCGCGCUUUACCUUCAAAGCGUUCCAGAAGGUGUUCUUCCCGCUUGACGUGGACAUUGUCCGUGAGCAAGUCACUCAGGGCAAGUUCAAGUAUCUGGACCAGUAUGACGCAUAUGUUCCACCUAAGACGGGGCCUGCGCCCGCUGGUGGUUACAGUGAUGAUUCAGCAGCAUCCUCAGAUUUGGGUAAACCAAUCCAGUCCAGUAUGAAGCAGGACCCCUUCUCAGACGAGCAGCAGAUAUAUCCGCCGUCAAUGGCGCGCGCGACGUUCGGCCACAACCCUCGUAGCCAGAACGGAAGCAGCGGGACAAACUAUGCGUCUAGUCUGGACACAACCCAGCAUGCGCACCCGCAGGUAGUGGACUAUGCCCGGCACGAUCAGACGCGUCAUUCCUUCGACCAAGAUCAGUCGUACUACAACAACCAUGAUCUAAUACGCGUCGAUACUAACCUCACAGGGGGCCAUGAACCACCAAUGCCGCAUAGUCCGCUCAAGGGCCCUUAUGAUCCUUCGACGCACCAUGCAUGA